AUCAUCGUAUCCAGGAAGUUGGGUGCGUUGUCAAGCAAACUUGUGCGUGUCUUUGUAAAUGCUCUGAAGAAUGUGCACUAAAUAAGGUGUCUGUGAGUGAUGAUUUGUUCCCAGGACUCAGCGAGGGUACUGGUGACUGAGCUGAGUGGGUCUGGUCAGAUGAACCCAACCCCUGCUGCUUAUGAGGACUCUGACAUGCAGGUGGAGCUCUACCUCUCUCCAGAAAAGCUGGUGGGGCUCCUAUUGAAAGCCUUGUCGGGAACAGAAGACCUCGUUCGGGUCACUUCCCUGGAAAUGUGUGUGGACACUCAGGAGAGCACUCUGGGCAACUUUGGUGCCUACUUGCCCAAGCUGGUGCAGCUGAAAAUGAACAACAGUAUGAUAAUGUCAGUGAGGGACCUGGGAACCACGCUGUCCCAUCUGCAGGUGCUGUGGAUGUCUCGCUGCAACCUAGCAGACCUGGAUGGGAUUCCCUCCUUCUCCUCUCUCAAGGAGCUGUAUGUGGCCUACAACAGUGUGUCGGACCUGAGUCAGGUGAGCAUGCUGGAGAAUCUACAGCUGUUGGACCUGGAAGGGAAUGAUGUGAAUGACCUGGUGCAGGUGCAGUACCUGGGCCUCUGCUCCCAGCUCCGCACACUUACCCUGGAGGGAAACCCCGUCUGUAUGUGCCCCCACCCCAAAGGCACACAGGAGGAGGAGGAGGGGUACUGCUACCGGUCAUCGGUGAGGGAGCUGGUCCCACAGCUACGUUACUUAGACGACAUGCAUGCCAGGGAGGAGGCGGGGUCUCGCUGCAGCAGCUCCAUGGGGGAAGACUGGGCCCUGCUCAGAGAGUCUUUUAAAGACUGCAGCUCUACAGAGACAGCAGAGGAGAAGAGAGCAGCCAGUGUGUGUGCCUAUUCCAGACCCAGCUCUGGCCAGCGCCUAGCUAGCAGCCUCUCCAGUUCCCGUCCCUCCAGCCGACCGGUCACUGCCAGGCCCCUCUCAGCAGCUGGCUCCAGACCCCUCUCUGGGUUGCGACCCUUAUCAGCGGCUGGGUACAGAGCCCUCUCCCUCCCGGGUCCAGAUCUGGUUCUGCUGAUGCAGAUCCAGUCUCUGUGGACCCAGACGCUAGCAUUCUGA